GUCUGUCACUCCAGUCAGCCUGAACUAAGCACAGAUUCUCCAGGACCCCAGAGCCAGUCCGGCCUCCUUGCUCCGCCAAGCCACAGCUAACUCGCAAGGCAGGCAGACUACCAGAACCCCCUGCCCUGAGGGACCUUUCCUGACCACCCAUCAUCUAACACCAGGUUCUCCUCUCCGCAGCACAUCAAGACCAUGAACGAAUUCGACUUAGACAACUCCUCGUUAAAUUUCUUCAAUGGCACGCCCUGGUUCGUCCACGAGUGCACCAUCAACCUGGAUAAGGACUAUCAGCGGAUCGCCCUGUUUCUGCUCUACCUGCUGCUGUUCAUGGUGGGGCUGGCUGAAAACACCCUGGUGGUCUGGGUCAACUGGCGCCGGCGCCACUCGGCCAACGGCGUCUUGUUCUGCAUCAUCAAUGUGAGCUUGUCGGACCUGAUGGUGGUUCUGACGUUGCCCUUCUUCAUGCUGGAGGUGACCAUGGACAAGGUAUGGCUGUGGGGCCGCUUCCUGUGUAAAGUCACCCACCUCAUCUACGUGGUCAACUUCUAUAGCAGCACCUUCUUCCUGGCCUUCAUGACCCUGGAGCGUUACCUGUCCCUGUCCAGGCCCUCGUCUCCCGCCUGCUUCCCCGUGGCCAGACGUCGCCGCUGGCUACUCUGCAGUGGUCUCUGGCUCCUCUCCCUGUUCCUGGCUCUGCUGGAGAACGUCCACAUGGACCUGCUGGAGUGGGACGAGCCUGGCUGCUACAUGCUGCCAGAGAACAACUACACCGAGUGGUUCGUCUCCGUCUCCUUCCUCUGCCUCAUCUUCCAGUUCCUGGGCCCGGCCUCCGUCAUUGUCACCUGUAACAUCCUGAUAGCCCGAGCGGUGCGCUCCGCUCCAGACGUGCAGGGAAGACGGGACGUCUGGCUGGUGCAUGUGUACUCCCUGGUGUUUGUCCUCUGCUGGCUGCCGUACCACAUGGUCUUGUUCCUGAUGAUGGUGGAUGAUCUGGACCCUCACGUGUUCAGCUGCAACACAGUGGAGGUGCUCUACAACUCCUACAGUUUGGUUGAGUGCCUGUCGCUCUUCCACUGCAUCGCCAACCCUGUCCUUUACAACUUCCUCAGCAAGAGCUUCCGCACCAACCUGAUCAAUGCUGUGGUCCACUAUGCACCCAGGGAGGGCGCAGGAGGGUCGAAUCCCCAAGACACUGCACACAACGCAGGAGGACCAGACACUGGGAAGAAGGAACGCAAGCAUAGCAGCAUGAGCAUCAGUCACUCUGACGUUGCUGCAUUGUAGAAAAAGGAAGUGUCACAUUGAGACUUAACUAGCUAUCAUCACUGAAGGACAAUGGAGGAAAGGGGAAAAAAACACUUCAGAGCUGUUAUCACAGGCUAAAAGACAAGAAGCUUUCUUACAGUCUGUUGUUGAUGACUCUUGGGCUGAGUCCAGAUUGUCCACUCUUCUCCCAUGCAGCCUUGGUCACUAAGCAAUAGUAAUGUAAAUGAUGGGCUGACAAACACUCACUGUCCCUCUCAUAAUCUGUCUCCCGUUUUUCCUCAUUCAGCACAUCAAUGUUGUAAACAGAGGAAGGAAGGGAACUCUUUCAGUUUUUUUUUCUCCAUCUUUUAACUUCCACAGGAACUUGUGUAGGAACUUCUGGAGGACAGAAUUAGUCAUUACAUCACAGGGUGAAGAGAAAUGCUUCCUCGCAAACAAACAUUUUCCUCUGUGCAACGCAGAUAAGAUUGAUUCUUAUAACUACUGACAACUUGUAAAAAUGUUGAAAUGCAACCGCUAAAUAUAAAAAAAUUUGAUUACACAAACAUAUAAACAAAUCUUAAUUUCCACAGUAACCGGCCAUGUUUAAUAAAUGCUCUGAUUCUAUUAAAUGUUUUUGUUUUUUUGCUGCUGAAUUUGUAAAUGUGUUGAACGCUGAAUUAAUAAAAGUAAU